AUGUCCCAGUUCUCAGCAGAAAUCCGUCGUUCCCAUGAAUGGUGGGUUCAAUAUACAGAGAAGGAAGCAAGAAAGGAAUGGGCUACUUCUGCUCUUGAAAGGACCUGGAUUGUUCAAACUCCGUCACAACAGUCUAGUGUAAAGCUUUCCCAACGACAGGUGGAUUACGUAUUGGAUGAACUCGAAGGAUACGCUGCUCUGCGCGAUGAGCAUGCCCGGUGCCAAGUAUCUUGCUUUGAACGUAUCUGGGAAUCAGAUAAUCUCUUAGAUCUGUCUGAGACAGCAGAACUAGUCAAAGCGCUUGAGCUGCUGAAAUCUGAAGUCAGCUUAUGCGACGACGGUAUCACCAGAUACUUUGUAGACCAUAGACUAUAUCCUUUGAUAUACAACAAAACCUUGGUAUCUCAACUGAAUGGAAGGUUUCUCCGUCCGGUAUCCCCCCCUCCAUCUACUGAUGUAUACACCGUCUCUCCCAACUUCACAUUUCUACCCUCCGACGUGUUUGUUUCGUCCGACGCUUCUUCAGUAAAAUUUAUUUCCUACAUCAACAACCUUCAUCCACAAACACAUCGUAAUACAUACCGGCUGUUGGAAAAUCUUUUGGCACGCUUCAUACCACUCUUUGAACAUUCCUUGACAGAUCUUCACAGAAACAACCACCUCGUUCAGCGAAUAGCCGGACACUGUCGGUACACCAUCUGGGACGAGCCUGAACCUCCAGAGCACUCUGAUGAUGAAGACGGGUGGACGAAUUAUGAAAGAGCACUUCGUGAAUGGACAAUGAAUCGGCCAAUAAAUCUUCCGGAUGUUCCACAUACUGGCUACCCAGGUGGGCUUGAGAAACGACGGUUCAACGUAAAGUUACGAAACAGAACUUUACAAAUCAUCGUCAGUGCCCUCGAAAUUGAACUUAGUCCUCAGCGGUCGACAUUCUCAGGUUCGGUAUGGCAUGUGGAAGGAAUGCGAAGCGAGAGAAUUGUCGCAUGUGGCUUCCAUUGUCUUUCGAUUGAUAACAUCACCGAAACUUUACUAAAAUUUCGCAUGGCUGUGACGUAUCCUAGAGGAUUCUCUGCAGGUGACACAGGUGCUACACUCAGAACUUGGGGCAUCCGAGAUGGAGAUUCAUGUCACCAACCAAUAGUCUCCACCGCAAAUGUCGCCCCUCAACAGAAAUCCUGGAUGCAUAAGGCGUUGGAUGACAAUCUUGACACUCGCCUACCUCACGAAGUGAUUGAAAAAAUUCUGGAAAACGUAGAGGGUGUCAUGACCUCUCAAGAAGCGGAAGAAUACAGAAAGAAACUGGUCGAAGCAAAUGAGCAAUUCACACUGGCCAAUAAUAGUUAUCAUUUCUGUAUUCCUUUCGACAUAUGGAACGGUCCCGAGAUGUGGUCAUUGAGAAAGGGAAAGGUCUGA